AUGAAGGUGGUGGGCGGUGGAGACAAUGCUGCAGUUUUGGUCAGGCCAGUUGUAUCUUCAUCUGAAUGUAACCCAUUGGGCAGCACGAGCACGCAGCAAGAAAAAGUCAGGAUGAUCACUUCACGUUGUAUAACUGACGAAUGCACUUCUAAUCCUCCUGCAUGUGCAAAAAUGGUUGACGCUUUGUCCAGGACAUCUGCAUGCGCAACAGAAUGUAACUACAUGGGCAGCAUGAGUCUACAGCAAGUACAAUUCCAGAUGGGCACCUCAUGUUAUGGCGCUAACAAUUGCACUCUUAGCACCACACUACCAACACAAAGCUCUACCCUCAAUGGCCUGGUCUGCCCAUCCUGUGUAUCUGCUAACUCUACCUGGUGUUACACUGAUGAUACCAUACAGUGCACAGGGAAUGAGAAUAUGUGUCUUUUUCUGCAGUCAACACAAGAAUCAGGAUCAAUGUCAACUUCAACAGCCUUUCGAGGGUGUGCAACGAAGUCCCUCUGUGAUCUUGGCAGUCAGUCCCAAAAUAAGACAGGAUUAUCCACUGAAGUCAAGUUUAACUGCACGAGAGCCAGCAUCACCAUUGGCAGCACCACCAGUAGCACCAUCGGCAGCAUAAGUGUCCAUAAAGUCGUCCUGACUCAAGUCAUUGUGUUUUUUCUACUGCUCAAAUUGAUCUUCUAA